UUGUCCCAUCCUGGGCCGUCGCACUUUGGCGGGCCGGGACCGUCUCCCCAUUCCGUCGUCUCGCCUCUGUAUCCCUCCCUCGCGCCAGGCCCCAGCCCUGGGGUGAAGCGGUCGAGACCUGACGACCUCAACCUUUCCGUCCACGGCAUGCCAGACCUCGACCAGUCAGACAUCGAGUCGAUGCAGCAGACUCCACUCAGCGCCGCCUACGCCCAGGCCACCGGCAGCGCCCAUCCUACGCAUCACCACCAUCGCCUGCCAGACACUGGGCCGCCCUCCAAGAUGAUGCGAAGGGACGAUGGGGGAGCUAGUGGAGGUGCGCCGAGUGUGGUAGGACAGGAAGGGAUGCCGGCACCGGCACCAAGGCCAAGAGGGCCAAAGCUCAAGUUCACGCCCGAGGACGACCAGUUGCUCAUAGACCUCAAGGAGAACAAAAGCCUCACGUGGAAACAGAUUGCGGAUUUCUUCCCUGGUCGUUCGAGCGGCACACUUCAGGUGCGCUACUGCACAAAACUUAAAGCAAAGACCACACAGUGGACAGACGAGACGGACCAAAAAUUACACGCAGCUCUUCAAGAUUACGAGAACGAGAAGUGGCGCAUCGUGGCCAACAAGGUCGGAACCGGCUUCACGCCCACUGCGUGCCGGGAAAGAGCUGCGCAGCUGAUAGGAGGCGUGGGCGAGAGCUUAUAGCAAUCAGCGUCCUCUCCAGGAGUAUCAGCUUCUGCAGAGGACACCAACGUUUACUCGCAGCCCCACGCUGCCGAACCACCCAGCGCUGUCUACCAACACCAACCUGGCGAGCCUUCGAAUACCGUCUAUGGUCAACAGCUUCAAUAAUGGGGGACCUGGCUAUACUGUCGCCACGACACCCGCAUAUUGAACCUAAAAUCACUCUCGAGGUCAUCUUGUCUUUUUUUGGAAGGAGAAAAAUUGUCAAAUUGCGGAGAAGGAAAAACAGGCCAGGCGGUUCAUAAUGCUUGAGAUACCCAAACUCCACUGACCCACUCGCACUACACAUUCCUUCCCAUACUCUCCUUGAUCUCAGAAAGCUUUUCUUUGUCACGAAUCCUUGCGUCAUUUUCGCUCUCUCUAAUUCUGUUACUUUUUGGGAGUGGGUUUCUCUAUUUCAUCUCUUGUUCGUUUUCUUUUACCUCUAUAUAGACUUGGCAGUUGGGGUUGUGUUUGGAGGGAACGGCAUACACGGUUUCUUUUUUUGGCAGGUUUUCAGAUUGGUCACACGAAAUCACGGCCUAGUUUCACGACACACACACACACAUAUUAAGACAUACCCUCU